AUGAACAGAAUACUAUUUUUACUACCAUUAAUACUGUUAACCCUAAUGUCAACAGUACAAGCCAAAGGAGGCCCCCAAAUCGUAUCAGGAUGGGCUGAUGGUAUGACAUCAGGCACUAUCGUAUCACCAUGGGGCGGCAAUUUGGGCGGAUCAUGGUCCAAUCCAUAUGGCAGCUUUGCCAGCUCUAAUAGUGGCUAUGGACGCUACACUAAUGCGGCUGGGUUCUUGUGA